GGUCAGUGUUCAAUGUAGCUGUCACAAGGAGAGCAAAGCACCUUGAAUGGAGGCUACACCAAGGCCAUCUGCAGACUCUUGUAAAGCGGAUGUAAUCAGCUGAGGAUAAUCAAGACUUUGUGUUGCUUCUGAAAGAUUUGCUUCUCGUGCCGUGCCACAUUAGCCAGGGAAACGCAGAAGACAGCAAGCGUGUCAUCUGUCUCCCUCCUUCUAAGGGUGAAAUUCUCCGCUGCAGCAACAAAACAACACUCCAAUGAAUGCCAGGAAACCAAAAGACCCAAAGGCCUCAAAAGAAAGAGCGACAGGUGCUAAAAAAGUCACCUUCAAUGCAGCAGGAAGAGAAGAAAGGGCCGUCUCUAAAUCUAAGCCAUCCCCAGGUGCUCCAGACGCUGGCGGUUACUCACCUUCCAAGCUUCAGAUGGGCAUAGAAACCACAGGAGCUUCGGAAGCCACAACUUCUAAACCAGCCUCUGUCAGCUUGAGGGGCCUUCUAGCCGCCCAGCGACUCACUAAGGAAUUUAAGAACCGAGCCACUAUGAAAAACAAGUCAAGACUCCAAAUCUCUCAUCACAAGCCCAUCACCAUCAUCAAUGAGAAGAUUCCAGUCUCGUCUGCAAUACCGAAAGAGAAAUUCUCUUGUGGCAGAGCUGAAGAGCUGCUAAGGGAAUAUUUACCAACCAAACUUACCAACGUUACCUAUGAGCCUACAAAAUGUGCCAGCCUCACUAUUGCUUUAAGUGAAGAAAUAAGACACUUGGUCAAGCAAGUCACUCCUCCUCGGUAUAAGUUAGUUGUCAACGUCACCAUUGGAAACAAAAGCAAAGAUGAGGCAGUGGAUAUAGUGGUGACUAGCCAGUGUCUGUGGGACCCUCAUUCAGAUAACUUCACAUCCUCCCAGUACGUGAAUGAGACACUUUUUUGUGUUGUUUUGGUACAUGCUGUUUAUUUCGAGUAACAAUCCAAAUACAUCUCCUUCGCA